AUGUCUACCAGAGAGUUGAUCAGUGAAGAUGAAAAGUGGUGUGUGAUCGACUACAUCGAUUCACUCCCGUAUUUCAAAAGAUUCGACGGAGUACAAAAGAAGGAAAUCCAUCGCCUCCUCAUCCAUAGUUACUACGAGUACAUGGGCGGUUUCGAUUCCAAGAAAGCACUUUUGUGGUCGAAUCCACCUGGGGAUGACUAUGUCUUCAACAUCCACCCCUUUGACCAACCAUUUUUGGAUUCCCCUCAAUUGAUUUGUUGGUAUCAAAAGCUGCUGAGAGACGGACAAGACAAGAAGAUUCUCGCCGUGUUCACGAACUUCAAAGAUGCCAGGAGUAGUUGGAUCCUAUGA